AUGAUUUCCACUAUGCGUCCUGACAUUGACCAUGCUGACGAGUACGUCCGUAACACCACCGCUCGUGCAUUCUCUGUCGUUGCUUCCGCACUCGGUAUCCCCUUCCUCCUGCCGUUCCUCAAGGCCGUAUGUCGCAGUAAGAAAUCGUGGCAGGCACGUCAUACUGGUAUCCGCAUCGUG